CUCAUCAGCUCACAGAACUUCAUCGCAAACACCAAUCUCAACAACAACCAUCCUAUCAACCUUCAAUAUGGCUAUCACCAAGUACAAGGCCGCUGCUGUCACCUCCGAGCCUGGAUGGUUCGAUCUUGAGGGUGGUGUUCGCAAGACCAUCGACUUUAUCAACGAGGCUGGCCAAGCUGGAUGCAAGCUCGUCGCCUUCCCCGAAGUUUGGAUCCCUGGAUAUCCCUACUGGAUGUGGAAGGUUACCUACCUCCAAUCCCUCCCCAUGCUGAAGCGCUACCGCGAGAACUCCAUGGCUGUCGACUCUGAAGAAAUGCGCCGCAUUCGUCGCGCAGCUCGUGAUAACCAGAUCUACGUCUCCCUCGGUUUCUCCGAGAUCGACCACGCAACUCUCUACCUCGCUCAAGUCCUCAUCGGCCCCGAUGGUUCCGUCAUUAACCACCGUCGCAAGAUCAAACCAACUCACGUUGAGAAGCUUGUCUACGGCGAUGGAUCCGGCGAUACCUUCAUGUCUGUCAGCGAGACUGACAUUGGCCGUGUUGGACAGCUCAACUGCUGGGAAAACAUGAACCCCUUCCUCAAGUCUCUCAACGUCUCUGCUGGUGAACAGGUUCACAUCGCUGCUUGGCCUGUCUACCCUGGAAAGGAGCGCCAGGUUGCUCCUGAUCCUGCUACCAACUACGCUGAUCCCGCUUCUGACUUGGUCACUCCAGAGUAUGCUAUUGAGACAGGUACUUGGACUCUCGCUCCUUUCCAGCGCUUGUCUGUUGAGGGUCUCAAGAUCAACACUCCCGAGGGCGUUGAGCCAGAGACUGACCCUUCUGUUUACAACGGCCAUGCUCGUAUCUAUCGCCCUGAUGGUAGCUUGGUCGUCAAGCCUGAGAAGGAUUUUGAUGGUCUUCUGUUUGUUGACAUUGAUCUCAACGAGACUCACCUCACCAAGGUUCUGGCUGACUUUGCUGGUCACUACAUGCGCCCUGACUUGAUUCGUCUUCUGGUUGAUACUCGUCGCAAGGAGCUCAUCACUGAGGCUGAUGCCAAUGGCUCUAUUGCUACUUACACCACUCGCCAGCGCCUUGGUCUUGACAAGCCUCUUGAUGACAAGAAGGGUGAGCAGGAGACUCCUGAGGUCGUCUGAGAUAAGAUUCAGCUGGAGACAGACAUCACAGUCGAGAUAGUCUCCUCGCUGUGAGUGUCAGAUGUAAGAUAGAUAGAUAGUGUUGGACAUAAAUUGAAAAGCUGAAAUAUGUUUCAUGUUAUCUCAAUUGCUAGGUUCUGUCUUGUGCAUUAAGUGAAGCGCAGUUGGAACUUGUAAGAGGUGUUUAUAGC